AUGGUUUUGGAUACUUCAAACCAGAAUAAGGUUGUGGAAACCCCAAACCAGAAUAAGGUCAUUUCUGAAAUCAACAAGAGUAACAAGGUUUUGGAAAUACCAAACAAGCAUGCAUCUCACAAGAAUCUCAUCACCGACUCUUCACUCAAUCAGGUGUCUCCAAACAACCAACUCUUCACUAAACCUAACAAUCGACACCCCAUCUACCUCAAGACUCGAUCUUGCAAGGCCAUUCCCUUAAAGGAAUACCAAGCAAGGAUGGCAAGUACUAUUGAUGAAACCCAAUCAACAACACCAUCACUCCCCAAAGGAGUCCUCACCACUGGAACCUCACCUCUCUUCAUUCCCUUUCCUAAAGGAAUUGAUCAACAAACUCUCCCCAAAGACAAGUUCACUUGUACUAUCGUUGGCUCAUUGAAGAAUUGUUAA